CUGGGCGCUCCUCGCUUUCCUUCAGAGAGCCGCUUUUCUAAACUCAACCCCGGGAAACCAUGGCCGAGCAGGCCUCGGGAUCCACCCGGCCGCCUCAACACGACGGGGUUGAACAGGAGCAGGAUCGAACCGACUUCCUGAAGCUCAAACAACAGCUGGAGAUGGAGUUCAACCAAAAACGGGCCAAGUUUAAAGAACUCUAUCUGUCUAAAGAAGAGGAGCUGAAGAGGCAGACUGCUAUACUGGAGAAGGCCCAGGCAGAGAUGUGUAGUGUGCAAGAGGAGCUGGCCGAUGCUAAAGCGGAGAUGGAGACCAUCAAAGCCGUCGCCACCCUUUCGGAGAGCACAAAGCAGGAAGCCAUCGACCAGGUCAAGCAGCUCUGGCAGGAGGAGGUGGCGUCACUGCAAGCUAUUAUGAAAGAUGCAGAGCGGGAAUUUAAAUUGCAGUUCCAGCAGAAGUUGGAGCAGGAGCGGGCACAAUGGACACAGUACCGCGACGGGGUAGAACGAGAGAUAGCCGAGCUUCGCCGCCGUCUUUCUGAAGGGCAGGAGGAGGAAAAUUUAGAGAACGAGAUGAAGAAGGCUCAAGAGGACGCAGAGAAGCUCCGUUCGGUGGUGAUGCCGAUGGAGAGCGAGAUCGCAGCGCUGAAAGCCAAACUGUCAAGCUCAGAAGAUCGAGUUAAGGAACUGGAGGCUGCCAAGGUGAAAGAGCUCAAUCAUGUCCUGGAGGCUGAGAAGUCUUGCCGCACAGAUUUGGAGAUGUAUGUUGCGGUCCUGAACACCCAAAAAUCUGUCCUUCAAGAGGAUGCAGAGAAACUUCGGAAAGAACUCCACGAGGUGGUUCACCUGCUGGAAUUGGAGCGGCAGCAGCACAAUCAGCUGAAACACACUUGGCAGCGUGCCAAUGAUCAGUUCCUGGAGUCGCAGCGACUGCUGAUGCAAGACAUGCAGCGCAUUGAGAGUGUGCUGUCCUCAGAACAGCUGCGGCAGGUGGAGGAGAUCAAGAAGAGGGACCAGGAAGAGGAUGAGCAGGAGCGAUUGAGUCAAGCUAAAGAGGCCAGUGAGGAUGAUGGGACGGAGCAUGCGGAAGCAGUGGAGGAUUCGCUGCUUGGACUCUCCAUAGAAGAGUCUCACCUCAGUCACAGUAUUCACAGCUCUUUGCACUCUCUGGACGCAGACACCCCUGGCCGCCCGGACAGCUCUGACCCUUAUAAGGAUGGUCUUCGGAGGGUCCAGUCUACAGACAGCCUGGGUUCUUCAGGAGGAUCCUUACAGCCUCACGGCCUGGGCGGACACAACAACAAGGCCAAGUCAGCCAGCCAGCUGGACGAGUCAGACUUUGGUCCUCUAGUGGGUGCAGACUGUGGGGGCUUUGACAGUAUGGACACCUCCUCCAUUUCUUCCCUCCAGCCGGGACAUUUUCUCCUCACUAAGGACCAAGAAAAGGCCAUUAAGGCCAUGACCCCAGAGCAGGAGGAGACCGCAUCGCUUCUGUCUAGUAUUUCUCACACAGCCGAUACAGCUUACCUGCCCCCAUCUGGAUACCGGUUGGUCAGCGAGAGCGAGUGGAAUCUUCUGCAGCAGGAGCUGAAGAACGCUGGAAGGAAGUUGGGCCGGCGAUGUGACAUGUGCUCUAAUUACGAGAAACAACUGCAGGUCAUCCAGGGACAAGAGGCCGAGACACGAGAUCAGGUUAAAAAGCUACAGGCCAUCCUGCGGCAGGCGAAUGAUCAGCUGGAGCGGACGAUGAAUGAGAAACAGGAGUUGGAGGAUUCGGUCAAACAGGCCAAUGAGGACACUACUGCCAAGAUCUCGGAGCUGAAGCAGAAAGUUCAGGAGUCGGAGUCUCUCUUCAGCGCUCUACAACAGGCCUUUAGCCAGGCCAAGAGGAACACCCAGGAACAGAUGGCUGUUCUGCUACAGUCCAGAGAGCAGGUGUCUGAGGAGCUGAACAGACUGCAGAGAGAUAAUGAAAGUCUUCAGGGCAAACACAGACUUCACAUGACACUGCAGCAGCAAGAGGACUUUCACAUGCCGACCACUGUACAGGAACUUCAGAAGCUGGUGUUGCAGUACAGGGAGGACAUUGUUUCUGCACGCACAGCAGCCGAGCAUUUAGAGGAGAAGCUGAAGGCUGAAAUUCUGUUCCUGAAGGAGCAGAUCCAGGCGGAGCAGUGCCUCAAAGAGAACCUGGAGGACACUCUACAGCUGGAGAUUGAGGGCUGUAAAGAAGAGAUCGCAUCUUUUUCCAGCCUAAAGACGGAACUGGAACGAGUGAAGAGUGAGAAGGAACAGCUGGAGAGCAGCUUGGCAGAGAAGAGCCAGAUGCUGGAGAGUGUCCAGCGCCUGAAGAACAGUCUAGAAGAGCAGCUCAAAGACACCCUCGGCAGCAAGAGUGCUUUGGAGACUCAGGUGUUUGAAGAGAAAGACAAAUCACAGAGACUUCAGGCAGAGCUGGACGUCAGCGAGCAGGUCCAGAGAGAUUUCGUCAAACUGUCCCAGACCCUUCAGGUGCAGCUGGAGCGCAUUCGGCAGGCCGAGUCAUUAGACCGGAUCCGCGCCAUCCUCAACGACACCAACCUUACAGACAUCAGCCAGCUUCCAGAGACAUGAUGUCACUUCCUCAAAACCCCACUGCGUGCACAGAAACACAUGCAAUCCACCUGAACCCAACUAUCUCCAUCCAUUAAGAUCCAUUGAGGAAGUCCCGAGU